AACGACGAGCAGUGCAAGCCAAGCAUUCUCACGCUAGCUGUUCUCUUCUUGCCUCAUCCAUCGUGCAUCUAUAUUCUCGGCGCGAGUUACGUCUUUUUCGUCGUCCGGCCGGCGAGCAUUUUGCUUCUGUGAUCGAUCGGCGCGCGCGACGUACGGCCAUGGAGAUGAUCGACGCAGAGCUGCGUCUGGGUCCGCCCGGCAGCAGCAACAGAGACGUCAUCAACGUCGUGCAGCCUUCGUUGGCGGCGGCGAAACGGCCGUCGUCGUCGGUGGUGGAGAGCGAGGCGUCCGGGACGGACGACCAUGACCAUGACGACGCCGCACCGACCUCCAAGGUGCAGGUGGUGGGGUGGCCGCCGGUGAGAGUGUACCGGAAGAACGCGUUCCACGCGGCGGCGGAGGCGAGGAGGACCAGGCGGGGCGAGCAGCAGGGAGGAGGAGGCCUGUACGUGAAGGUGAGCAUGGACGGGGCGCCAUACCUCCGGAAGGUGGACCUGCGGACCUACGGCGGCUACCGUGAGCUGAGGGACGCGCUGGACGCGCUCUUCGGCUGCUUCUCCUCCUCGGCCGACGGCGGAUGCCAGUUCGCCGUCGCCUACGAGGACAAGGACGGCGACCUCAUGCUCGCCGGCGACGUGCCAUGGGAGAUGUUCAUCUGUUCUUGCAAGAAGCUCAGGAUCAUGAGGGGGUCCGAAGCAAGAUAACCAAGCAACGAGGAUGCAAGGACCUGUUGUAUGCAUAUGCAUGGAGGCCGGCCGGACUCAUGCUGUCAUGCAUGAGAGUUUGAGAGAGGAGAAGAAGACGACCUACUGGAACUGAAGGCGGUUGGGUAUACCUGCAUGGGGAGGGAGCCCACGCAUGCACGCGCGCGUCGUCGUGUUCUACGGCCAGCUAGCCACCAGACCGGCUGCCGGCCCAUAUGCACACCACGGAGAUGGAGGUGAUGGUUCAAGGAUCACGGCGGCGUACGCGCGCGUCAUCAGUCACGCCGUCCUGUCAUCAGAUGAGAUGGAGGGGUGAUGCAUGAGGGCAGUGCUAGCUGUGGACGGCUGGCUGGACGUGCAGAUCGGAGCGAGAUUGUACUGUGCACGCACAUAAGCUUUGUACAGUGGCAUGUGCUGGUCAUCUGUAAUUUUGAUUUUUUUCCCCCUCCUUUUGUAAGUGAGCAAGUUUGAGGAAAAAAUGUAUGAAUGAAGAAAAGGAGAGGGGGGAUUUCAAAUU